CCGACCCGCAUUUUAAUGUGUCUAGAUUUAAGUCAAAUAUAGAAUUUAAGUACAAUUUGCAUGUCGUUCAUUGCCGGUCGAAUAAAAGUGUGUCACUAAAAUGUGUUUAGCCUAACCCGCGAGUUUUUGUGCAUGAGUGAGCUUGACCUGAUAUUGGUCAUUACCGAAGUUUCCACCAGUUGGUCCUAAUCAAUGGUCCGCCAAUUUUGGAUUCGGCCCCCCUUGGAACAUUACCCCUUCACCACCUAAUCAACGGUCGAUGUUGGACCUGGCUGCACCACUGCUAUCACCGCUAUCGAAGACCCAGGAAGGAAGAAAUUCAGACUCGCAGGAAAGGGAAACGUCAAGUAGUGGAGCCGAGCCACCAAUUGAGCCAAACGAAUCAGAUAAAGACGAGGCCCAAUAAGAAGGACCCCGAAAUGAUGAUUCCGACAAUGAAACAAUCCACACCACAACCUAAAUGGUCAGAGCUAAAAGCGCUGAAAGAUCCAAUGGGAAUCAACGAUGAGCUGCAGCUACAAAAAGAAAGAAUUCAAGAUUUGAUGGAACAAAAGGACAAAAUAAUCGAUGAAUGUCGCAAGGAGUUGAAAGCAGCAGAUGAUCGUUAUACGAGGGAUUUACUUAAGCAAACUACUGAUAUUCACAGUUUGGUUGAGCGCGUUGAUAAUCAAAUUGAAAUAAUGAAACGUGCGUUUAAAGAACACUUGGAUUUGCUGGAAAGUACAAUUGACGAAGAAAGGCAAAUAUUACGGCAGGCCGCAACCAAAAAAUGGAACGAUCUUUACACUAGACGGGCAGUUAAUGAGCGGAUUAAAAUGAGGCAGGAAAAGGAAAGGCUGGAAUUCUAUGAAGACCAAAUAGAUCGAAUUGAACAAGAGCACACUGAAGUUACUAGAGCAACACGUAUUCGAUUGGAGCAGGAUAACCAAGCGCUGGAAAUUGAAUUACAAAAAGUUAAAACCAAUACAACACUCAACUCGGAGAAGCUUGAUUACAAUUUUCAAGUGCUGAAGAAACGCGAGGAUGAAAAUUUAAUGGUUCGUAAUGCACAAAAGCGGCGCUUGACAAAACUGAAUGAAACCAUAUUCAUUUUACGGAGAAAAAUUAAAGAUGCUCAAAUGAACUGUCUUAUUGAAACGGAAAAAUUGACCUCAGAUAUCAUAAAAUUGCGUUCAAAUAUCAGUCACAUGGAUAUGAAGGUGAACACUUUUGCUCAGGCCAACGAUAAAAAGUACCAGUCUGUGUGGCAAAUCCAUAAAAGCGAGUGCUUAGAAAUUUUGAAAAGUAUUUUGGAAAUCGACAAGAUACUUAGCGAGCAACAUUUAGGUCGGAAAUGGCAAGCUCCUCCGAUGCCGGAUGAAUGCGUUCAGAAGCGAUCAGAAACAGUAAUUUUAGCCAUUGACGAUAGCAUACCUAUUACUUCGCAAAGAAACACUUCCUUGGUUACGUUCGACGACUCAACUGAACGUAAUCAGAUAUUGGACAUUCUACAAGUUGUACUGAAACAGGCUGGUUUUCUCAUAGAUAAAACUGCUAUGAAACUAAUGGAGUCGUACGCUCUAGAGGAACAGAAUCUAGUUUGUUUGGAUAAUAUUUUCAAUGCCUUAGGUAUCUUAAAUUGGGAUGAUGUUCGAAAGUUGAAAGAAAAGUUUGAAUAUAUUCUCAAAACACGUUAUUAUUCCAAUAGCGAAUCGUUGACAAAAUCGGAUGAAACCAAUGCAAAUGUUACCAGUAUCAUCGAUGACAAAUUAAAGGUUCUAGCAGAUGCGAAUGGUUCGGAAAUAAGCUCUACGUCUGGUCCUUCAGAAAACCUGCGCACACUCAAACAGUUUUCGGAACACUUGGCGGAUGUGGAAACCGUGCCAGGCCCUUCAAAUUAUACUUAUUUAUCAAGAAAGUUAUCUACCAAAGAUGUUAAAGAGUAUUGGGAAUCGUUCAAAAAUAUAUUUUCUUCUAACAGAGUAAAGGUUUGGGAUAUUAUGGAGGAUAACUUAACUCAUUAUUUGCAGGUAUUAAAGGAGCGCAAAGCCUUAGAUGAAGAGUGUGAGUUUUUGAAGAAACAAAAUAUGGAACUCCAGCACUUGCUUCACAAAAUGUCUAUUCCGGAGAAAUUUUUGUGAAAACGAUGAACAUU